GUCGGCCGGGAGGAGGGCGGAAGAGGGGAAGGUGCUCGGGGCCUGGUGGCCGCCAUGCUGCGCCCCAAGGCCUUGACCCAAGUGCUCAGCCAGGCUAACACCGGGGGAGUCCAAAGCACUCUGUUGCUGAACAGCGAGGGUUCCCUGCUGGCCUACUCGGGGUACGGGGACACGGACGCCCGGGUGACGGCCGCCAUCGCCAGCAACAUCUGGGCCGCCUACGACCGCAACGGCCACCAGGCCUUCAACGAGGACCAGCUGCGCUUCAUCCUCAUGGACUGCAUGGCCGCGUCGCCAUCACCCGAGUGGCCAACCUCCUCCUGUGUAUGUACGCCAAGGAGACCGUGGGGUUCGGGAUGCUCAAAGCCAAGGCCCAGGCCCUGGUCCAAUACCUCGAGGAGCCUCUAACUCAAGUCGCCGCAUCUUAACCUGCCGAAGAACGUGUCGCGCGGGUGGGGGAAAGGAACGACACACAUCAACCGGCCCUGGACCGAAUAAAACAUUUGUCAGAC